UGUCUGUGCUAUAGUUGUACCAUGGAAUUACCCCUUGAUGAUGCUGUCCUGGAAAAUAGCUGCCUGCUUAGCAGCUGGAAACACUGUUGUAUUGAAACCAGCCAUGGUAACUCCUUUGACAGCUUUGAAGUUUGCAGAGUUAUCUGUUCUUGCUGGAUUUCCACCUGGAGUUAUAAAUAUAAUACCUGGUUCAGGGGCUCUUGUUGGUCAACAUCUGUCAGAACACCCUCAAGUUAGAAAGAUUGGCUUCACCGGUUCCACACCAGUGGGGAAAGUCAUAAUGGAGAGCUGUGCCAAGGCUAACUUGAAGAAAGUCUCUCUGGAGCUGGGAGGCAAGUCUCCGUUGAUCAUCUUUAGUGACUGUGACCUUGACAAAGCUGUGAGACUCGGCUGCGGGGCGGUUUUCUUCAACAAGGGAGAGAACUGCAUUGCUGCUGGUCGACUGUUUAUAGAGGAAUCAAUACACGACGAGUUUAUCCGUAGAGUUGUUGGUGAAAUCAAGAAGAUGAAAAUUGGUGACCCACUGGACCGAUCCACCGACCAUGGCCCCCAGAAUCAUCGUGCCCACUUAGAGUCCCUGAUCAGGUUUUGCGACAACGGUGUGAAAGAGGGAGCCACUUUAGUCAGAGGAGGCAAACAAGUAGACAGGCCAGGUCUUUUCUUUGAACCAACUGUCUUCACUGAUGUCACAGACGACAUGUGGAUUGCUAAGGAAGAAUCCUUUGGUCCAAUCAUGAUUGUGUCCAAGUUUAUUAAUGGCGAUAUUGAAGGUGUCCUCCGCAGUGCAAAUAAUACUGAAUAUGGCUUAGCAUCUGGUGUAUUUACUCGGGACAUUGACAAAGCCAUGAGAGUUGCAGAAAGCCUUCAGGCUGGGACUGUGUUUGUCAAUACAUACAACAAGACUGAUGUUGCUGCCCCGUUUGGUGGAUUUAAGCAAUCAGGGUUCGGGAAAGAUUUGGGUGAGGAGGCCCUCAAUGAGUACCUGAAGACCAAAGCUGUCACUAUAGAAUAUAACUGA